CUCGCAUUUUUGUUGCUGUUGUUCUUGUUGUCGCUAGUGGACUUCUUUUUGUUGGUGUUUCCGGGGAAGAAGGAUACAUCCAGUGCAGCGAAACAACUGAACCACAGUGGUCGUACUAGAUCUCCUUCUCGAGCACCUAUCCAAAAAAGCUAGUCUUGACGAACCAAGCGUAAAGGAUCGGCAUUUGCAAGUCGGCAUCUGCAUCUGCAUUUGCAUCUGAGCCGGCAUCUGUAAAUUGGCAUUUGCAACAGCAUCGUAAGCACCUGCAAAAGCAGACACAACACUGCACACAAUGGGAAAGAGAAAGACGGCAAAGACUGGCGACAAGGCGCUGUACGGGUCUCGGGAGCAACUCGGAAACCAACUCGGCAGCAAACGUUCAGGCAGACACGGACAUGGACACGGACACGGACAAGACCACGAAGGCGAACGCAAGCGACGAACAAAAACCGGCGAGAAUCCUAUUUACGGCGAAGUGGACCGCUUUCACAACGAAAAAGACUACGACGUUCUUCGGCUGGACCGCGAAACACGUGGACAGACCAACAGCGAGGACGAGGAUCUUGCGGGAACCACCCGCUCCGUCCUAGACCUGGCAGCGGGGGAGACGACCAGCGAGGAGGAAGACGGUGACAACGACGGCGACGACUCAUUGUCCUCCUCGGAUGGCAGCGGGGGGUGGCACAACGAUCAGGGAGGAACCGAUCCGUACUGGUCGUCGGAGGAAGACGAUUCGGUGUCGAGCAGCAACCGCAGUAUUGAUGAAGGCGACUCGGAGCCGGCCAGCAAGGACGACCCACGGAACUGGGGAAAGAGAAAGUCGCUGUAUUAUCACGGUGACACGGCGGACCUCGAGAUCGGACAGGAGGAAGAAGAUGCCUACCUCGAGGAAGAGGCCGCCCAGGAGAUUCAGGCCUCUCGGUUCGAGGAAAUGGACGACUACGACUUUGUGCUGUCGGAAAACGACAACGAAGACGGCAACGACGGAGCUGAAAGCAAGAACGAGAUGACCACCACCAAAAAACAACACGAGGAGCCGACGACCAUCAGGUAUGUCUCCAGGUUGUCCAAGAAGGAAACCCGAAAGCUGCUCGAACAACAAUUCCCAGGUACGAUACGUGUUGGAAACACUAUUUUUUUUGGCAAUGGUAUUGCCUUCUUUCGGGUCUUGUAAUCUUGCCUCACGACGUUGUGCUUGCUUGGAUCGUGUACAAUGUGUGUAACGUAUGCAUUUGGCUCAAUCAUGCAACACAUUACAGAGCUCCUGCCGAUGGUCACCUACUUCUCCAACAUCGUCGAGGAUGUAAAGGUCAGGACCAAGGUUGGUGUGACUGCAUUGUUGGAUGGGGAAGGAACCGCUGAGGUAAGUCAUGUCUUGUGGAUUCUACGGAGGUUGGGUUUUCUUUGGUUUCGCGGAAUGCAAUCAGUGGUACUGGAGUCAAUAAUUCAGUAAAACUGUCUGUACUUAUGUGGUAACGGAGUCCGUUGAGCCCAUUUGAAACCCUUCUUUUUCCGACUACCUGGGGUCUCGGACACGUGCAUCUUACCAUUGCAAUUUUCGGAACUCUUUGUCUCUUGAUUGCUAAUUGGACAAACAAAACUAUCAGAGCGUGGGAGCUACCAUCAAAGGCCAGCAAUACCUUCUCACGAAAGCAAUGGUACAAAAAUCACUUGCUCUGAAUUCUGUGGUCUACAUUCUCCUCAGGUUAGCUUUGGUCGGUGACGAGGAUGCCACCACCAACAUCCGGGCUCACCCGAUCAUGGACCAGCUGAAAAAGUUUACCUCCCUGCUCGGACGGCUUGAGGAAGAUGUCCAGAGGAAGACAAGCGACAUUGCCCUACAGCUGGACAACCUGAUCGAGGCGGCUGCGCUUGUGGAGUAUUUGGGCGGAAACGAUGGUGUCGGCUCCGCCGUCCGUGGCACAUGCGAUGGAUCGGAAACCAACGCGAAACGGAACGACGACCGCAACCUGGAACAACCCAAGAGAGGAGCUAUCGACGACGGAGACGAAUUGAGCAACGGGAGGUCGGACGGCGGCGACGGCGACGACUUCGAGGAGGAGAAGCGAGCGGCUGUUGCCAGACAGAAGCAGAAAGACUUCGAACGAACACUGAACGAAGCACGAUUUGGCCUUCGUCCGAACGAGGCUAACACGUCGGGCAGGGCGUCCCGAAAAACUAUCUGCAUGCCUAUGGUGGACGAUUUCGGAGACCUCGAAAGGGACCAUGCCACGAGCAACAGUCAUCUUGCCUCGGCCGUGAACACGAUCGAGCAGCGCUCGAGGAAGAGGAGGCCUGCACCAGUGAUGGCGGAAGACCUGGACGACAUAGACGAGUAUGACGACCGGGUCGUUCACGGAAUCAAGAUGAUGGAAGAAGAACUGGGCAAGCUCGACCAAAACGGCGACUACGAGCGAAUGGACGACGCGGAAACGAGCGACGGCCAAGAUCCGGACGCCGGGGAGCCUGGCUUUUACGACCGGAUAGCGGCCCAGAGCCAGGAAAGGAAAUUCCUUCGGACGAGCCUGUACGGGGUGGUUCCCAAAUUUCCACGGGUCGACGGCGAAGUGGUGGGCGAGCGCUCUAUCGGUAGGGUCAUUCUCAAGAAUCGUGGGCUGGUCGCUCACAAGGCCAAGAUUAAUCGAAACCCCCGUGUCAAGAAGCGAGAGCAAUACCGCAGGGCGCUCAUUCGACGAAAGGGAGCUGUCCGCGAGGUGCGGGAGGCCGGGGAAGGCAACCGGUACGGCGGCGAACAAACCGGUAUCAAGAGCCGCAUUAGCAGAAGCAGGAAGCUAUAAAACGAAAACGGUUGCAACUUGUCUUGAUUCAGCGUCGAGGGCAAUGU